UAUUUAUUGCAGGCACUGCUGACAUUCAGGGAUGUGGCCAUAGAAUUCUCCCAGGAGGAGUGGAGAUGCCUGAACCACACUCAGCGGCAACUGUACAGGGAUGUGAUGUUAGAGAACUACGGACACCUCCUCUUCCUGGGUCUCACUCUGUCAAAGCCAGACCUGAUCAUGUUUUUGGAGCAAGAGAAGCAGCUCUGGGACGUGAAGAGAAAGGAGACAGUAGCCUUUCAUCCAGCUUCAUCAUCACAUGACAUCCAGAGUUUCCUGCUAAAGCCGAGCAUAGAAGGUUCUUUCCAAAAAGUAUCAAUGCAUAGAUAUCAAAAUAGUACUUUUGAGAUUUUACACUUAAGUACAGACUGGGACAAUGAUGGGGAGAGUGAAGGGCAUCAGAGAUUUCCUGGAGGCUAUACCCAAACCAAGGCAAUUGCCCUUAAUAAGAAUCUCACUGCCCCAAAUGGUGAAGGAUAUAAAACAUUGUGGAAAACCUCCCUUUUUAAGUCAACUGUUUCUGCAAAGCAGUGUGUUUCUGUAAGCAAAAGCUCCAAUCGAAUAUUCAAACAUACAUCUUUGUGGACAGACCAUUUGGAAAAUCUGGAAAGUUAUUUAGUCCAUGCUGAAAAUAAUGAUUUGAACCAUUUUGAAGAUAGGAUUGGCUUGACCUUUCAGUCAAAUAUUUCUGAUAAUCAGAGAUUUGGAAAUGAAGAACAAAGUGCUAAGUCAGAUUCAUAUGAGAGGUGUAUCACUGAGGAGUCGACCCUACAGAAUUACCAGAGCCUUUUCAAUGGAGACAGAAUUGCUCAAUGCAGUGAAUCUGAGAAAACAUUUAACCAGGGUUCCAACGUUCAUAGAUGUGUGAGGACUUGGUCUCCAGAGAACCAUUAUGAAUGUCGUAAAUGUGGGGAAGGCUUUAAUCAGAGCUCUAACCAUAUUAUACAUAAGAGUCUCCCUUUGGGAGAUAAUCCUCAUAAGUAUAAUGAAUGUGGGAAAGCUCUUAACCAGUCCUCCAGUAUUGGUGAUCCUCAGAGAAUUCAUGAAGGAAAAAACCCAUUCAGAUGUAAGGAAUGUGGUAAAUCCUUUGACUGCCACUCAACACUAUCUCAAAAUCAGCAAAUGCAUACUGGAGAAAAAAUAUACAAAUGCGAAGAAUGUGAUAAAACCUUUAAGGACUGUUCAUCAAUAAAUGUACAUAGGCAAAUCCAUACUGGAGAGAAACUUUACAAAUGUCAAGAAUGUGGCAAGGCCUUUAAGUGGCCCUCGAAACUUAUUCGACAUCACAGAAUUCAUACUGGAGAGAAACCUUACAAAUGUCAAGAUUGUGGAAAGGCCUUUAACCGGCACUCACACCUCACUAAACAUCACAGAUUUCAUACUGGACAGAAACCUUACAAAUGUAAAGAAUGUGCCAAAGCCUUUAAAUCAUGCUCAACCCUGACUGAACAUCACCGAAUGCAUACUGGUGAGAAACCUUAUCAAUGUAAAGAAUGUGGAAAGACCUUUAACAGGCUCUCAAGCCUUACUCAACAUCACAGAAUUCAUACAGGAGAGAAACCUUACAAAUGUCAAGAAUGUGGCAAGGCCUUUAAGUGGCCCUCAAACCUUACUGAACAUCACAGAAUUCAUAGUGGAGAGAAACCUUACAAAUGUCAGGAGUGUGGAAAGGCCUUUAACCGGCACUCACAUCUCACUCGACAUCACAGACUUCAUACUGGAGAGAAACCUUACAAAUGUAAGGAAUGUUCCAAAGCCUUUAAAUCAUGCUCAACCCUGACCGAACAUCUCCGAAUACAUACUGGAGAGAAACGUUACAAAUGUCAAGAAUGUGGAAAGCCCUUUAACAGACUCUCAACCCUUACUCAGCAUCACAGAAUUCAUACUGGAGAGAAACCUUACAAAUGUCAAGAAUGUGGCAAGGCCUUUAAGUGGCCCUCAAAACUUACCCGACAUCACAGAAUUCAUUCUGGAGAGAAACCUUACAAAUGUCAAGAAUGUGGUAAGGCCUUUAAGUGGCCCUCAAAACUUACUCGACAUCAGAGAAUUCAUACUGGAGAAAAACCUUACAAAUGUCAAGAAUGUGGUAAGGCCUUUAUGUGGCCCUCAAACCUUACUGGACAUCAGAGAAUUCAUACUGGAGAGAAACCUUACAAAUGUCAAGAAUGUGGCAAGGCCUUUAAGUGGCCCUCAAAACUUACUGAACAUCACAAAAUUCAUACUGGAGAGAAACCUUACAAAUGUCAAGAUUGUGGAAAGGCCUUUAAUCGGCAGUCACACCUCACUCAACAUCACAGACUUCAUACUGGACAGAAACCUUACAAAUGCAAAGAAUGUGCCAAAGCCUUUAUAUCAUGCUCAACCCUGACUAAACAUCACCGAAUGCAUACUGGAGAGAAACCUUACAAAUGUCAAGAAUGUGGCAAGGCCUUUAACAAGCCCUCAGACCUCACUCAACAUCACAGAAUUCAUAUUGGAGAGAAACCUUACCAAUGUCAGGAAUGUGGCAAGGCCUUCAACGGGCACUCAUACCUCACUCAACACAGAUUUCAUACUGGAGAGAAACCUUACAAAUGUCCAGAAUGUGGCAAGCCCUUUUACAGGCACUCAAUGCUUAUUAAACAUCAUAAAAUUCAUACUAGAUAG